AUGGCGGAGGAAAGAGCAAAAGAAGGUGGUGGGGACAGCAAGAAUGAGGAGGUUUUUCCCGGUGUGAAUGAUAGCAAGGGGAAGACAAAGGUGGAGUUUCCAUCUUCAUCUUCCACAGAUUAUAUCCUGCUGGAAAUGGUGUGUGUGCUUAAAGAGGUGAAGCCAUUCCUGAAUGUUGCAGAAGCAAUGUGGCUCCUUUUGAUAUGCGAUCUCAACGUGUUUGAGGCUGUGGAACAUGGCAUUGUGAACACCAAUCCAGUCCUGUUCUCCCGCGGCACCUCCAAGCAUUCCCAAUGCGAAAACGACACCCCAAGAGGUAGCAGUAGUAAAGCCAGUGGUGCUGGCAGAAAGGGAUUAUCAGGGCUUCGCCAGAAGGCACAUCGAGCUGAGACGAGGAGCAAAGGUGGUAAGAGGAGAGGGGCGUUUAUAACCAGAAUGAACUGUUCAGUUGAUGUGACUAUGGGCAAGCCACUCAUCUCUCAGCUUAGCUCUUCUGGUGGGAAGAAGAACAAAGGUAGUGGAGUUGUUUCUGUUUCUUCACUGCCUGCUGUGACCUCCAAGGCUGUAGCAGUGGUGAAACAAGAAAGUAAGCCAACUGUGAAAGCCCCGGGCUCUUCUGCUAUUCCGUCUUCUGUCCAUAUAAGUGAGAAAGAUGAAAGGAUAGUGACGUUGAUGGUGCGCAAGCAACUUCUGCAGCAGGAGCUAGAAGGCUGGACUGAUUGGGCCAGUGUGAAGGUCAGGGAGGCUGCUCAGAAGCUCAGCAAGGAGCAGACUGAGCUGAAAAAGUUAAGGCAAGAGAGAGAGGAGACUCACAACUUUGAAGCAUUAAUGGAGGAGAAGGUUAAGCAGAGGCAAUCUGAGUUGGAGGGUGAACUGUCUGGUUUUCAUGCCCAGAUGGGACUGAGUAAUUCUGCUGUCCAAAGGCUCGAGGCAGAACGUGCCAAGCUGAAGAAAGGGAUUGCAGAUUCACUGAUGAAAAGUAUACAGUCUUGUGUAAAUCUGGAGGAAACUGUGGAGAGGGAGCAGGAGUUACUGAAACAGUGUCAAACACUGGAGGGGGAGACUAGCUCUCUGCAGGAAUAUCUUGCAGGUCUGAAGGGUGAAUCAGCUAGCUUGCAGGCCCGAAUAGACAAAGCUAAAAAGCGUGAAGGGGAGUUUGAGAGGGAGAAGAUAAAGAAUCUCCAGAAGCUUGAGUCCAUAAGGAGUAAAAGAGAACAAUGGAAGCGUCAGGUCAAAGCGGAGGAGGAUAAUUUGAGAGCAAAGGCAACAGCCAACAGGCUGCAGUACGAGGAACGCAAGAGCAAGCUGAUUGAAGAAAUCUCUGCUCUAAAACUGGCAGCAGCUUCGGGAGGUGUCAAACGCGAAUGGGAAUUCACUAUAUGCUUGACUAAGGAACCCUCAAUUGCUUUCCUCCCUUGUGCUCAUCAGGUUCUGUGCAAAGACUGCAAUAUGCUUUGA